UCCAUACAGCGGUUGAAACCGCUGUAUGGAGUGAAUGUCCCACAACUGUCAGAAAUAGACUAUUUAUGACAGUUCUGGGACAUUCCCUCCAUACAGCGGUUGAAACCGCUGUAUGGAGGGAAUGUCCCACAACUGUCAGAAAUAGACUAUUUCUGACAGUUCUGGGACAUUCACUCCAUACAUGUCCCAGAACUAACUGUCCUUCUUCUCAUCCUUCUCCUUCUUCUCAUCCUUCUUCUCAUCCUUCAUCCUUCUCAUCCUUCUCCUUCUUCUCAUCCUUCUCCUUCUCCUUCUUCUCAUCCUUCUCCUUCUUCUCAUCUCUUCUCAUC